CCGAUAUAAAAUCCCACAGCGUACUAAUGGCCCGCUAUUUUUGGAUUUACGGACCGUCCCGUACGGUGCGGGGCUCUCUGGUACAACACGGUAGCCGAAUAGUGGACCGAGGUACGUACACCGUCCCCGAACUAAAAAUUUCUCCCGAAAUCCACUACCGCAAAUCGGUCCAUCAACAACCUCAAUACCUCACAACAUGGCGAAACCAAAAUCCCUUACGAAGCAGCCCAAGGCAAAGCCGAAAAAGGAGCAGAAGCUAGAGUCGGUAGACGACUUUCAAGCUGCAGGGGUUGAGUUUGAGGAAGCCGCCGGAAAAUGGCGUGCCGGAGACGCUGCCAAGUCCAUGCGAUUCUUUCGCCGGGCUAUUGAUAUGUACGAUCAGGGGCUUCGCAUGUUUCCCCGGAGCAUCGACCUCGCAUAUAAUAAGGCCCGCGUGCAGCUGGAGAUAGCUACGCAUCCCAUUCUUGUGGAUCAAUUAGAACAGCCGCUUAGGGCUGUUUUAGAAGAGGCGUUGGCGUCUCAUCGGUACACUUUAGAGCUGGAUCCGGAAAACACGGAUGCGCUAUUUAAUCAGGCCCAAGUCCUUACGGCCAUCGCCGAGCUUAUAGCUAGCGAUGAGGACGGAGAAGGGGGCGGCAACGAAGCCGAAGCCCUCAAGGCGCUCCGUGAGGCGCUCGACCUACAGACAAUUUGUCUUACUCGGCAGGAGAGGAAAUACCAGGAAUUCCUAGAGCUGGAACAUUUCGCCGACGAGCAAAACGCGAGCGAGAAGCCCCCGCCGGCUUCCGGCUCGAAAGAGGCCUCGGAACCUAGCGGAGCCGAAGAAGAUGACGAAUGGUUCAACGUGGUAGAGCCGGUCACGAUCGACACGCUUAUCGAUACGCUUCUCGCUCAGAUGGGCACCCUCACCACUUUCUGUAGCAUUUUGAGCGGGUCGCCCGAACAAGCUCAGCCGGGCACGCUCGUCUGGGCGGAAGAGGUCGCGACGGAACUCGUGGAGAAGAUUCAGGCUAUCUCGGGCGAGAAGCAGGAUAGGUUACAAGAGAUCGCUCUGGCGAGAGCCAAUCUUGUUUCGGCCAUGCUAGAAGCGGCUUAUAGAACUGGGCAGACGAACGCCGAAGCUUACGGUCGCGAAUUAAAUUUGGCAUUUUCCAAUCCUAAUCUUCAGAUUGAUAGUUUUGUGGACGGUCUCAUGGCGAAAGCUCGUUCUUUUCUAGCUCUUAGCUCAGCUAUGGCGGAUGCCGACAACGAGGACGCCCGAUCGCAAUCGACGAUGCGGUGGAACGUCCUGACGGCUAGCAUAGCAAGCCUCAAGUCCGCUUCAGCUGCAAGGGGGAUUUCUCAGGAGGAUUUGGUUUCGACGCAUCUGUUACGCGGCGACGCGUCUUUACAUCUUUAUUCCAUGGCGUUCCCGCCUCUAUCUCACCAGACGGCCGUAAACACUGCCUCUCAGAACGCCAAGAACGCCGAAGUAUACUACCGCAACGCGAGCAGGUUGACUUCUGACGGGGAAGAGAGGGAUGUCGCUUCUUUAAAGUCGAUGGUGGCUCAGUACCUACAAGCUUAUUCCCAAGGAAACGCCCAAGGCGACAUAAGCGGUCUUCUUGGAGCCAGUCCGCGAGGUCAGGGGUGGGUUAUACAGCAGCUUGAAGACAUGAUGGCGGAGAAUCUUGUGCCUCAAGCGUUGCUUUCUUAGCUAGACAGUGAGUAAAAUUAAUUGACUUGCAUUAAUACCCAGCGAAGUUGGACAGAUACCUGAGCGACUCCAGA